AUACAAAAAACUAUUAUUGGAUUAAAGUUCAAUUAUUUUUGUAUUAAAUUAUAUACAAGUUAAAACAUACAACUAAAUAUGUUAUAUAUGUAGGUAGAAUUUCGUGCUCUACAAGUUCGUCAUCCAGAAUUUUAAAAUAAAUUUCCAGAACAACGAAAUUAUUAAAAAUGUGUUAAUUUUGACGAUUUUUUUAGGGUCAUCGAAUUCUAAGUUGACACAAUAAAUACAUAAAUAUAUAUGUAUUUAACCAUGAUUUAACCUGUGCAUACAUAGAUAUGUACCUUAACACCUUCAUUGACGAUAAGUUGAUUUGUGAAAACCCAGUGGGAUGAAUUUGGAGGAUGUACAACCACCACUUGAACAUGAUAUAAAAUACUGAUCACAAACACACCAGUGAACACAGAACACCCAAAUUUUGAUCAAAGCGGCUAUAAUUUUCAUAAAAUCAUGGACAAAACAAUUUUCACGUUAUUCCUCUUCGUCGCCACGUGCGCAGGAUUCCUCCAAGAGCUGACCCUUUACCACGGACCUGACUGUACCGCGGCUGAGAUGACUUUUCGAACCAAGGAGUCAAACUUAUCAACUUGGGAAUGGCAACACUUUCUUCCAGCCGUGCAGUCAUACAGGGCUCAUGGGUGGUGGUUUUUCUACAGCAUGACUGGUUUUGAUUUACCCUACGUGGAAAACUCUGGCUACAGAGUGACGCCAACUUGCAUAAAUUCUACGGUACCACAGAAGACAAACUCGCUUAGAUAUGCCGGACCAGCGGAAACUGACACGCCAGCCCUGGUCGCGUACGACGGAAGAAAUACGGAGCGGACAGAAUUAAUCUUUACGACAGACCUCGCUCACAAUUUUGGAUUUCUGGCGGAUUACGCGAUCGCAACUGGGAACUCAAAUUGGACAUUGUACUAUUAUGCAGACUUCUCCGGAAAUUUUACCUGCCUCUCUGGACGCGAUGGACCUGUAGGUUCGGAAAUAGCGUUCCGGUCGGCUAUCAAAGGAUGCAACUAAGAAUAUAUACGAUGUUGUCUCGUAAUAUUACCGUUACGUAAUUCUAUGUAUCUUUUGCGCUGAGAACUUUCUUUUACGAAGUGAUUAAUAAGAAUGCUUAUCAAUAAACAAAUAAAUAAUUGCCAUUUACA